UCCCAUCUUCUUUGAUGUCACGCCCUCCGAUGUCAAGCUCAGGACAGAACUGUACGUGAAGGACUUGGAGAAGCACGAGCAUGGCCACGGCGAGGAGAUCAGGCAACGGUGGGAGGCAUCUCUGAGAAAAGUGGCUGAGAUCAAGGGAUGGGAAGUCCAAGGGAAACCAGAAAGGAUAAAGUUCAAGCACUCAAUCUAGUUGAACAUCAUUCGGAUCCCAUCAGCAUUACGGAUGAAGAACUUGAGAGGAUGCCUAAUCUGAAAUCCCUCAAGUUAAGAGCAGGGACUUUUGUUGGAGACAUCGACAAUCAUCUCUUGGAGCUAAGAUGGCUUUCUUGGGAUUCUCCUCCUGUAGAUUGUAGAAUGGCCAAUUUGCACUUGAAAAAUCUAGUAGUUUUCAAACUUUCAGACAAUAAAAACACAGAAAAUUGGGGUGGAUGGAACAUUUUGAAGAUGGCAAACAAAUUAAAAGUUCUUUCUCUCACAAAAUGUGAAGGAUUGAAACGGACUCCGGACUUUUCGGGAUGCCUAAAUUUGGAGAGACUGUCUCUUGAUGCCUGUCCAAACUUGCAAGAAGUUGACCCGUCUAUUGGGAAGCUUAAAGGACUUGUUCACUUGGACAUUAUUUGGUGCGAGAGUCUUCAAACUUUGCCUGAAGAGAUUGGAGGACUGGUGAAUCUGAAGCACUUCUCUAUGCAAGGGUGCCACGAAAUGGAGAAACUUCCAUGCUCUAUCGGGAAAUUAGAAUCGUUGUCCGAGUUGGAUGUGUCAUCCUCAAAAAUUAAGAGUUUACCUGAUUCUAUUGGUAAUGCAAAGCACCUGUCAUUCAUUAAUCUAACAAGCACACCAAUUGGGGAACUUCCAAUUUCUAUUGGAGAGCUUACGCAACUCGAGUUCCUUUCGCUCCAUAGAUGUCGAAGUUUGGGGGAACUUCCAGAAUCAACAGGCAACUUGACAGCAUUAGAGAAGUUGUAUCUCUCAGAGACAAGCAUUGUUAAGUUACCCGAUUCGAUAAAAAAUCUGAAGCAAUUGAAGGUGAUGAGGAUGGGAAGGAGUCACAUAAGGAGGUUACCUGCCACUAUUGAAAUGCUAGAGAGGUUGGAGGAGCUCCAUGCCCGGGGUUGUGAACAACUUGCAGGCGAACUUCCCACUGAAAUUGGCAAGCUAUUGUCUCUAAGAAUCCUAGACAUGUCAAAUACUCAUGUUUGUGCAGUGCCGGCGGCAAUCAAUUCCCUCACGCGACUCCAAGAGCUAAAUCUAACAGAUUGUAAUGAGCUUCAAGAGUUGCCAAAAUUGCCCCCAAGUCUGAAUUGUUUACGCGUUCAAUCGACAUCAUUGCGGUUAGUUCCGGAUCUCGGUAACCUCACGAAUCUUGUGGAAUUAAAUCUGUCCGACGGCUAUGGAUUAGCACUUGCCCGGGCAUCAAACCCAAUGCAAACUCGUCAAUUGCAAUGGGUUGGAAAGUUAUCUAAGCUGGAGAGCUUGAGGUUGUGCCUUUCGGAUGUUCCUGUGCCAUCAUCAGAGUUGGGUUGCCUACCUCAACUUAGAGAACUCACUUUAUCUGGCAUGGACAGUUUCAACUCUGCAGUUGUUGGACCACAAUUUUCCAACUUGAAAAACUUGCUAAGAUUAUGUCUUUAUCGCUGUCCACUGAGGGAAAUUCAACUCGAUGGACUUGAACUAUUGAGAGAUUUGACUGUGGAAGGAUGCAAGUUUCUCAAGGGGUUGUCAAUUAUUUCAUCAAGCUUGAGGAAGCUCCGUGAAAUGGAGGUUGUAAGUUGCCCAAGGCUACUUGAAAUUCGAUUUCUCAGUACGAUGGAAUCAUUAGAGAAACUGAAAGUUCGAAACUGUGAUUCCCUAGGAGGGUUGUGUGGUUUAUCAAACUUGAAAAAGCUGAAGACCCUAAAGAUCUACACGUGCGAUGGGCUACGGGUUGUUGAGGGCCUUGAAGGAUUGGAGCUUUUGAAUUGUUUGUCUGUUUACGAUUGUGGAUCGUUGGAAAGGUUGAUUGAUGUAUCCAACUCAAAGAUACCAAAUGAAUGCAGGAUAACAAUAUCAUGUUGUGCGAAACUAAGUACAUAUGGUGGUACUUACGGGGAUUAUGGAGAGAGGAUUCUUCGUGAGAUGGACAAAACAAUCAACGAGUCUCCUCCCCGAACCACAUGUCCUCCGCCAACCACAUCUUCGGACGUUUCCAAGUGUCCAUCACAGUGGAAGUUUAUUGUCGACUUGUCCGAGGCGCACCUGCCUGGUGCAUCUUUGGAUGUUUGA